AAAAUUUAACAAAUAAAAAAAGAAAAAGAUGUGUGACCCAUGUUGCGGACCAGUUGCGCUGAGGGGCUGUCGCAGCCGUGAACUGCGUUGCAGCAUCCUGUACACAUCCUGCGACUGCAUCAAGCGUAAUGGGCUGCAGGACAAGUGCCCCAGAGCGGCAUGCCAGGGACGGCCAGCAUGCAUGUGCUUCCCGUUCCCCAACUGUGGACCCGCUUCGUUCCCGCUGCGCUUCGCCAACAUGACGAUGGGCGUCAACAACAAGCGGAUGCGUUGUGCAGCCACUGCUGCUACCUGUGCAGGAGGCGGUGGCUUGGCUCGCUCCUGCGGCGGCUGUUGCGGAACUUGUUAAAAUUGUCCUCGCUCGCCGGAUUCAGAUUCCAAGUGCCCUGCUGUGUCCCGUGUCCAAUGUGCACUGCUAUAACACCUCAGCAAGUGUUGCUGAUGAAGUCCGCUGCCUGAAGUCGUGCCACAAAAACUAGCCUAAUCGCUAAACUUGUUAAUUUUUAAGGAAGUGCAUCAAAAUUUCAAGUUAGUGUAGAGUUUCAACUCAAUAACUUAACUAUAAUCGGAAAAAUCAAUUCUACUGAACAAAAUGUGGUUUGACAUAAGAUUAUUAAGUGGUGUAUGUUAAAUUAACCAAAAGGUCAAAAACGACGAACCCAUUUUAGCAUUUUAGUGGGGAAGCAAGUUGAAGUAAAAAAUAUAAAUUAAGGUCUGAGUAAAAUUGCAAUACCAUUUAAUGGUACAUGGUAAGCAAAAGAAAAAAAAAGAAG